AUGGGUAGAUAUAGUGUCAAGAGAUACAAGACCAAAAGAAGAACGAGAGAUCUUGAUCUCAUUUACUAUACGGAUAUGGGAUCUACCGAUGCCAUUAGGAGAUUGAAAAAUCAACCGCUCGACGAAACCAAGGCAGGAUUUGGUCAAUAUUAUUGUAUUGAAUGUGCACAUUAUUAUGAGAACCAGCCUGCUUUAGAUCGUCACAACAAGGGUAAAAAGCACAAGAGAAGAGUAAAAGAACUUAACCAGAGACCAUACACAAACUUGGAAGCUGAAGCUGCCAGUGGAUUGAAUAUGCAAAAAUUCACAGAAUCUGUAGAGAAAUACAAGGCCAUGGAACAAGACAAAAAGGCACAACCAGAAGUAGUAGAAGGCUUAUUAAGACAAAGAAAUGAAACAAUUGAGAAGAUUAUGGGAAUAGAUGGUCCUGUAUCUACCGAAGAAGGUGCUGGAAAUGUUGAAACCAAGCAACAAGACGGUGAAGUAGAUAUGGCUACCUAA